AAACAUAUACAAAUCUCAGUAAUCCCUGCCUUUCAACAUAAAUAAUUCCCUUUUUCAAACCUUUCUACCUCCUCUCUUCUAAAUUUCCUGUAUUUUUCAAAAUGAACCAACUGACGAGGACAUGGCGCCCAGUCGCCAAAGGACUGAGAGCGAGAUUCCAACCGCAGUUUCGCUGCAUCAACCAGCCAAACUUAAGCCCCAGGGACCCCACCCAGCGACCCACUCCCUUGCAGUCCAUGCGGGAGUUUUUUAUGCAUCCGCUAACCUGGGACCGCAAUAAUGGCUACUUUAACGUGGUUCUGGCCCUAACACUCUUCGGCUUCGUCUUCUUUAGCUCGUGCAAUUCGUGUGAUCAAAAGAGGGGCUUCCAGGAGACAAAGCCCAUCCAGAGCGAGAAAGCGGCAAAGGAAGCGGGGGCUGCUUCCUUGGGAAGUUCCAAUAAAUGAAUCAUAACUCACCCUGA